GCCAUGCCAGCGCUGCAGCUUGUGGACAGCUACUACGCCUGGUUCAUAGCGGCCAUGUGCUUCUGGAUCCAGGUGUGGGCUGCCAUCAUCUUUCGCAGCUCGGGCAUCCUCCUGGUUGGCCUGGUGUCCAACUUCCGCAUCUCUCGCGAGGAGGCCGCGUGGCCCUUCGAGAUCUGCACUACCGUCAACUCGGCGCAAGGCUUCUUGGUCGGCGUUUUGGUCAGGUACUGGGACACCCGAACGCUGAACACAGGAGCCACGUUUCUGGCUGCAAUAAGCGCCAUUGCUUGCUUCGUUUGGGAUACGCCUACAGCCUACACUGCAUUUAUCGGCUUAGGCUUCGGUGCUGGGUCGGGUCUCAUGGUGCCCACAAACGUGGUGGUUCUGCAUCGCUACUUCGACGAGUAUCGGACCUCGGCGAGCGGCGUGAGCUUCGCCGGAGCGGCGCUCAGCAGCAUCCUGCUUCCGCCACUCAUCGGCAGGCUGUUGGACAAGUACGGCCUGCAGGGCACCAUGCUCAUCGUGGGCGCGCUCGUGCUGAACGCCAUGGCCGGCUCCAUCGCAGUCCGCUCGACGCCCAGCUUCCCGAGGCCUCCGCACCACCCCCUGAUCAGCACCACGCUCACUAGCGCGAGAUGCAGUAGCUGCGAAGACUCUGAGAACAAGAACCCUGUCAGCGACAUCUUCUCCACCGACCUCCUGCUGUGGGAGAGUGGCAUCGUCGUUUCUGCACUGCCGCCGCGUUCGUCUGAACCCCAACGGCGAAGACGUCGUGGGAUGUUCAGCUUCUUCCGGUGCCCGAUGUUCGUGCCGCUGAUGGCGACUGGUGUGGUGUACGGCUACGUGUUCGGCACCUACAUGAUAACAAUUGUGGACCACGCGGAGGGCGCGGCGCAUGCCAGUAACGAGGACGGUGCCAUACUGAUCUCGGUCAUGGCCAUGGGCGACUUCUUAAGCCGAAUCGGCACCGGCUACAUCACCGACCGCCACUACAUCACCCGCGAGUGGAUGCUUAUCAUCAACUUCACCGUACAGCUGGUUGGUUCUGUGGAACCGCAGGGCGUAUGCUUUUUGCUGCUAGCUAACCUCGCCACAGUGGCGAAUAUGGCGGCGGUGGCGCUGGUGUUCGGCCUGAACAACGGCGGCACGAUAGCGUCCAUGCCCGUGCUGCUGGCCGACCACCUGGGCGACGACCACCUGCCACUCACGUUCGGUCUGCACCGGCUCACCAUGGGAGUGGCUGCGCUUUUCAGGCCCCUGCUCAUCGGCUACUUCAAGGAUAAGCACGACUCGUACAACGGUCUCUACUAUCUGGUGGCCGCCGCUUGUGUUCUCGUGGCAAUCCUUUGGUGCGUCAUCGUGAUGGCCGACUCCAUCAAGGGGCUCAUCCUAAGAAGGCCCAUCCAUGCAAACGCUCUCGCCAUACCCGCCUGA